UGAAAUGAAUGAAGUGAAAAGAUUCAUCAAACAACAAAAUAAUGCACUUGGUUAUGGAUCUAUUACAAAAUUAUCUCAUUCUCAAUCACUUACACCAUGUGGUGGAGUAAGUUUAAGAUUAUAUUAA